UCUGCAUGCUUCCGUACAGCAGUGGCAUCAAAGGAAGCAAGUCUUGUUUAACGCUGUCGGGCCCUGCCAGUGUACAGUAGCACAGGCUGCAGGCAGAGGAAGCGGCAGCAGUACAGACCGAGCCAAGAGCAGUCCUCUUUGGAAUACCCGAGGCUGACGUGAUGACGUUACCGGGACAAGCAACUCUCCUGCGGCCUGACAGCUGAUGGAGAGGAGUCCCUGCUCCUCCUCUCUCACACAGAACCAGGAACAAAUGAGGAGGACACAGAGCACAGAAAUUAGACACUGAUUUGGAGAUAAAUGUUACAUCAACUGGAAGCAUUGGGACGUGUUUAGUAUAAUGCCAUUUUGGGGAUGCUUUUUUGCUUCAGUGCUGACAUGAGUCUGGAAUUUAUCUCACAGAAUUUCUAAGUAUUUUUUUCACAGGGCUUUCAUCUGUUGCCUUGUCAUUGAAACUGCAUCAACAAGGCAGCUCCCUGAUCAAAUUCAUCACAAUGACUUGAGUGCCUUUUGUUUUUGCAGCCCAUUCGGCUACAUGACAUCAUUAAACAAUGCUGAGGUCCGCACUUGACAUCAUUAACUUUUAGAGAAGUUUUCAUUAAUCAUCUUUAAUCAUUGUUGCAGAUCACCGUGAUAGCCAGGCAGAAGUGUAAAUACUAUGCACCGUUGUUGCUGUAACACACCCCACAUCCAGUCGUUAACCUCAUUGGAGGAGAGGUGCUCGUAACAGUAUUUAAGCUCCUGCAAAGAAGAUCUCUCUGGGUAGUUUAUUUAUUCAGAGUGUAGAAAGCUGCAGGGAUGUUCGCUGCUGUGGAGCAUGGACCUGUGCUCUGUAGCGACUCCAACAUCCUAUGCCUGUCCUGGAAGGGAAGGGUACCCAAAAGUGAGAAAGAGAAACCGGUUUGCAGAAAGCGCUACUAUGAGGAGGGCUGGCUUGCAACUGGGAAUGGUCGAGGAGUUGUUGGAGUCACAUUCACAUCCAGCCACUGCAGACGGGACCGGCCAACCCUGCAGAGAGUAAACUUCAACCUCAGAGGACACAACAGCGAGGUUGUAUUGGUGCGGUGGAACGAGCCCUUCCAGAAACUUGCCACUUGUGACACAGAUGGAGGGAUUUUUGUUUGGAUUCAGUAUGAAGGCCGCUGGUCUGUGGAGCUGGUCAAUGACCGUGGAGCUCAGGUGAGUGACUUCACCUGGUCGCAUGAUGGCACUCAGGCUCUCAUCUCAUAUCGUGACGGCUUUGUCCUGGUGGGCUCUGUCAGUGGGCAGAGACACUGGUCCUCCGAGAUCAACCUGGAAAGUCAGAUCACCUGUGGUAUUUGGACUCCUGAUGAUCAGCAGGUUUUGUUUGGUACGGCAGAUGGACAGGUCAUAGUGAUGGACUGCCACGGUCGCAUGCUGGCCCACAUACUGUUGCAUGAGUCGGAUGGUAUUGUCAGUAUGUCCUGGAACUACCCCAGUUUCCUGGUGGAAGACAGCAGUGAGAGCGACACAGACUCUGAUGAUUAUUCUCCACCACAAGUGCACACCCAAAAACCACUACUUACAGUCAGCUUCACCUCUGGAGACAUCAGCCUGAUGAACAAUUAUGACGACCUUUCACCCACACUCAUUCGCACUGGUUUGAAAGAUGUUGUGGUCCAGUGGUGCUCUCAGGGGGAUCUCCUGGCAGUAGCAGGGAUGGAGAGAACAAUCCUGUCCCCUGACACCCCUUGUCCUCCACCCACCAAAAAUGCCGUUGUCAAGUUCUACAAUGUUCGGGGAGAACACAUCUACACUCUAGACACACCUGCACAGCGUCCCAUCACUACUCUCUGCUGGGGUCACCGCGACUCACGUCUGUUCUUGGCAUCGGGCCCGGCUCUCUACGUGGUGCGUGUCGAGCACCGCGUUGCCACUCUGCAGUUACUCUGCCAGCAGGGCAUCGCAACAGCAGUCAAGGAGGAAAAAGAUGUUGCCAAGCUCACUAUGCCUUCCCGUCUUUGUUCUUACGUCACUGCUGCUUUUGUCCCCACCAUCAAGCCCCCCAUCCCAGAUCCCAACAACAUGCGGGAUUUUGUGAGCUACCCGACAGCAGGGAACGAGCGCCUGCACUGCACCAUGAAGCGUACAGAGGAUAACCCUGAGGUGGGAGGGCCGUGCUAUACUCUGUAUCUGGAGUACUUAGGUGGUCUGGUGCCUAUCCUGAAAGGCCGACGGAUAAGUAAACUGCGCCCUGAGUUCGUCAUUAUGGACCCCAAAACAGAUGGGAAAACAGAUGAAAUAUAUGGCAACAGUUUGAUAUCGGCAAUGAUCGACAGCUGUAACUGCUCCGACUCUAGUGACAUUGAGCUAAGUGAUGAUUGGGUUGGCAAGAAAUCUCCAAAGAUAUCCCGAGGAAGCAAAUCUCCCAAACUUCCCAGGAUUAAUAUUGACCCCAGAAAAUCACCCAAACUGUCCCGUGCUACACAAGAGAUCUCUAGGUCACCACGGUUACCCAUACGAAAACCCUCAAUUGGAUCACCCAGUCUGUCACGAAGGGAAUUCCCUUUAGAUGACAUCAACCAGCAAAAUUACCUUGCACAGGUCACAUCCAAUAUUUGGGGAACAAAGUUUAAGAUAGUGGGGCUGGCAACAUUCUUGCCAACCAAUCUUGGUGCAGUUAUCUAUAAGACAAGCCUCCUACAUCUGCAGCCCAGACAGAUGACCAUUUACCUGCCAGAGGUGCGCAAGAUCUCUAUGGACUACAUCAACCUGCCUGUCUUCAGCCCCAAUGUUUUCAGUGAGGAUGAAGAUGACCUUCCUGUCACAGGGCCUGCUGGUGGUGCUGAUGACAACCCCCCCUGCACUGUAAACAUCCCUAUUGCUCCCAUUCACAGUCCCGCCCAGGCCAUGUCCCCUGCCCAAAGUAUUGGUCUGGUUCAGUCACUCCUAGCCAACCAAAAUGUUCAGCUGGAUGUCUUAAGCAAUCCCACUGCAACCCCCUCAGGAGCAGCUGUCAGUGGGUCAGACCAAAGCCAGGAUGCCAUCUUGACAACCCAGUAUACAGUACCCACAAGAUACUCUAGUCCUGGUCAGGUCAUUUUCGGGGGCCUGGAAGUGGGCCGCCUAAUGGUUGGACCUCCACCAUCCCAUCCAUCACAGCAGCAGCAACCGCAACCAAGUCAACAACAGCAGCAGCAGCAACUAUUGCAACACCACCAACAAAUUCAGCAUCAUCAACAGCAGCUACAGUUACAGCAGCAGCAGCAGCAGAUGCUCCAGCAUCAGCAGCAGAUUCAACAGCAACUCCACCACAUACAGCAGCAGCAUCAACAGCACCUUCAGCAACACAUACAGAUGCAACAGCUACAACAACAACAUCAACAAAUUCAGCAGCAGCUGCAGCAGCAACAACAACAACAAAUACAGCAUCAACUACAGUCUCAGCAGCAGCAACAUCAGAUGCAGCAACAGCAGCUCCACCAUCAACUUCAGCAGCAGCUUCAAAUUCAAAUCCCCGUUUCCUCUAUGUCGUCAGGCCAACCUUCUGGUGCAGCACUGCACCAACUGCAGCCAGGUGCACUGCAGAUCCAAAUUCCUCACACACCUGCUGAUUUAGUAGUAGACAGAGCAAUAGGGAAUGAACAUGAGCACUUAUUGAAGAUCAAAACUACUCGGUCAACUCCACAGCUGGCUGAGGGGGAUACAGUUGUGUUCAGUGCUCCUCUAGAGCUCAGCAAGAUGAACCCCCCACCCCCUUACCCUGGAACUGUGGCUGCUGCUGUAGCUGCUGCAGCAGCUGCUGCUGCUUCUGCAUCAGCUUCCACUGCAGCUUCCAGCUCAUCUGGAACAGGAGGGGGCACAAGUGGAACUCCUCCCCCUGGUGACCUAUGUCUGAAAAAGGGAGAGUUCCAACUUUAUCCUUCAGGUCAGCAGCAAGCACAGUACCCCACACCACUGGGCUAUGAGAGGAUAACAACGUUUGACAGCAGUGGGAACGUUGAAGAAGUAUGUCGUCCUCGAACACGCCUUGUCUGCAAUCAGAAUGUCUACACACUCCAGGGACCUGGCAGCUCUGCCACUCUCAGGGUCACCUCCUCUUCAUCCUCCUCUACAGCUGACAAGAAAAUUCAGCUGCCCUACACCUCUGCUACUCUCAACAGACUCACUGCACCCCGCUAUUCCAUACCCAGUGGAGACCCACCUCCAUAUCCAGACCCAGCCAAUCAGAACAGCACUGCUGGGAGGAACCCUGGACAGAGGAUUGACAGCAGUCUGAUCCAUGCAACCCUCAGAAGGAACAGCCGAGAAGCCGCAAUUAAAGUUUCUCAGAUGGAACCUCCUAGGCCACUGCCUCCGAAAGCUAAAAAUAGUGCACUAGCAGCCUCAUUCCAGCAGAGGGUGCCAACAGCUUUAUACACCUGCAGUCAGUGUAGCAGUGGAUCAAGUGUUGGAGGCACAGCCCCGGGGAGUGCCAAUGGAAUAGCAGGAGGCACUAUUAUCAGACAGGAUUUCCCUCCAGGGAAUGGACCACCACACAGCACAGUUAUUGUUCACUCCAACAGUGUAACUCCUCUGGCCUCCCAGUCGUCUUAUAGUCUGAUGAGCGCACUUGAAGGAUCUAUGGGUGGAACAGGAGGGAGCAAUAGAGACAGGGCCGAUUAUGUCAAUUCAGCAUUUACUGAGGAUGAAACACUGAACCAGUCACUGAGGCAUCUGGCACUGGGAGGAAAUGAUGCAUCAGGGCUUGUUGUCAAACGCCCACCUCCCUAUCAGUGGGAUCCAGCUACCACAGAGGAAGUGUGGGUUCCUCAGGAAAGGACAGCAUCUUUAAACUCCACUGGUCCCCCUGGUUCACACAAACCACCCCCCCUUGUUCUUAGCCCAGCUCAGCACUUGGAUGUAACCAGACUGCCUUUUGUCCUUUCUCCAAAGUCCCCCACCAGCCCUGGUACUGCAUCAUUUCAAGCUGCUCCAGCAGCUACAGGCUACCAAAUCUCUCUCCAGUACUCUCCUGCAACUGCCUAUACUGGAGGCCAGCUCCAACAAGUCCCUGGGUCACCACGCCCCUGCAGCUCCCCAAAAGAAGUGGUGGCCCCCAUUCCUUUCUCACAGCAGGAUGCAACUUUUGUCUUACCACCAGGUUAUCCUGCUAAUCUAGCAAACCUAGCCUGCUGUCCUCUCCCGCCCCUGUAUCCAGGAGGAAGUGCUUGCCCUGGGAUUCCCAUUCCUCCAAUUGCUGUUCACACACCGUGGGGUACAUAUAAUUCUUGUCCUCCUAUUCCCAGUCCCGCGGUGCCACUACCACCCAAAGCCUCCCAUAUAGACAAAAAUGUUCUCUCGCCACCACCUCCUCCACCACCCCCUCCACUACCACCAGCAGAGCUGCAGAGCCAUGGGGCAUUACAAGAGGCCAUGGCAGAGGCUGGGGAAAGUUUUCAGGAAGUACUCUCUUUAACUGAGAGCCCUGUGCCACAACGGUCAGAAAAGUUCAAUAAGAAGAACCGUAAGCGGAUUGAUGGUCGGGCUGAAGAGGCUAAUGUGCAACAGCUGGCUGAAGGGAGCAAAUCAAAAAAGGAAGGCAGAGCUCUGGGUGAUUUCAACUCACUUAUCUCUAGUCCACGUCUGGGAGGAAGGGACAAGAAAAAACUGAAGGGACAGAAAGAGCAACAGUUAAAGUCUAAGAAGCUGAGUAAGGCUACUACCAAUAGUGAGUUCCAGGAUAGUUCAGAGAGUGAGCCAGAGCUUUUUAUCAGUGGUGAUGAGCUCCUCAAUCAGUGUCAGAGUGGUAAGAAGGGCUGGAAAAGUAAGAGGAACCUUAGGGCUGGCAGUGAACUUGAUGAGAUCAAGUGUCGAAAAUCCAACGAGAAAGAAGACAGAGGACUGGGCAGCCAGGGGUUUGUUUAUGUCAUGGCCAACAAGCAGCCACUUUGGAAUGAAGCAACGCAGGUUUACCAGUUGGACUUUGGUGGACGUGUCACACAGGAGUCAGCCAAGAACUUUCAAAUUGAACUGGAGGGCAGGCAGGUGAUGCAGUUUGGAAGGAUUGAUGGAAAUGCCUACAUCUUAGACUUUCAGUAUCCCUUCUCAGCUGUCCAGGCAUUUGCAGUGGCUUUGGCCAAUGUCACUCAACGCCUCAAAUGAGAUCAUAUCUAAAUCAUAUCUGAGAUUUCAAUGCAAGCUGCCAAAGGGGCACAGUUGUUUAAUUGGAAAUAAAUGAACUCUUGUAAUGGAUUUAGGAGAAAAGACUAAAAUCAGCCCUGGCUAUUGAACAAAAUACAAUCACACUGCACUACAUAAUGCUGCCACUAGAUAUGGUGCAAUAAGCAUUGACCGCAUUUUUCAAGAAUGCUGUCAGAUCUGCUCCGUUUGGCAGUCUGUUGCAUCCUGCAAAGCACGGAGGGCCAAAGAGCUGAGUUUGGGUAAUCAUCAUGCAAAUAAAUGCUGCUAUAGAUAGAAGUUUAGGGACAUGAUUGCUGAGGUGCAGAUUGAAAAUAAGCAGCAGUAAUACUUGAAAACCAUCUUUUAGAGGUGAGAGUUACUUUUCCAAGAGCGCACAGGUACUACUGGGCACUGAAAUCCAUUGCUGUACAAACCUUUAUUGAAACAGUUACCACUUUAUUGUUCUUCUUUUGCUUUUAGGAUUUUAUUAAAUGGUGGCGAUAAGGAGGGUCUUUGUUUUUGCUCUUUGCCAUUACUUUUGUUACUAUCAGUCUUUCUUGGCUGGAAUUGAGGCUUAGAUAUAUGCAUCACGUAGGAGCACUACUAAGUGUUAAAACUUUUCACUGUUGUGAAAUGUGUGCCACUGUUAAAAUUUACAAGUUCGUAGUUUGAAGGAAGAGGAAAUGUUACUCUGCUAUAUAGAUUAAUUUAUAUGUACAUUAUUGUUUUACCAUUCAAAUACUAAUUUUAACAUUUGUCAUUGUUAGUGAUAUACAGUCCUCACACUCUGUCGUCACGGUUUUCUUAUCUGCUUUAUUUGGGAGACUGAAGUGGAAUAUUGCUGUGUACUUGGAGUUUUCAAGUGGGAGUGGUUUACAGAAUAGUUUUGGCUGACAUCCUAUACCUAGUUAAUUACCUACAUAUGGUGACAUGGGCACCAAAGACAUCGCCAAGGCCUAGUAUGAAUAACUUAACCUCUGGCAUGAAGUGAUUUGUCACCUGGUGUCACUUCUGUGAAGUGAGUAUGUAGUUGGGGGGUGGGGGGGAGGCUCUUUAAGACCACACUAAACAUGUUUGCAUGGUACAGGAAAUAUUUUUGUAUAUUUUACCUAUGCCAUUUCAUACUAUUCUCAGAAGUCAUGUAAAUAAAUUAAUGAUAUGUAAAUGUUGUAAAGAGACUUGGGUGACUUUGACAGAUUUCUGUUUACACCUGUCUCCACUGUGUUUAAUUUCAGGUGUGGAGUAAAGCUGUUGCACUGUUAAGGUCAGCAGAAGCAACCACAAAUUAACAGUUAAGCUGUAAUCAUUGUCACUCAGUCUUUUCAGUCUCCAAUGAAGAAUGAGGCUUUCAAAUUUGUCCACUUGGUAAGCUGACUGAAAUCUGAAAGGCUGUGUUUUUAUUUUUUUGUUUUUGCCUAUUUAAGAAUUUUAAAAAUGACUAGGUACACUACAAAUACUUGCAACGUUUUUUGUUUGCAGACGUUGUCAGCUAAAAUUACAACAGGGAGCAGUAAUAUAACAUUUAGGCUUAUAACUGGGUAAAUUUGAUGAGGCUCACCUGUAAUAUUUGUGCCAAAAUAUGCAUUUUUUACAGUUAAAUGGGAAACGAGCCAAUGGGGAAGUGUACCUUCACUAUUGAGAAAUGUAUCACUGUGGACCAACUCUUGCGUUGGUCUUUGAGUUGAGAUUUUUGCGUUUAGUGUGAUCUUUCAUAUCACAACAUGAUGCAUGUUUGUUGGUGGUGGGUUGUAAGGAUAGGGACAGAAAAAUGAAAAAAAAAAAUUAAAAUGUCCAAGCAUAGAAAUGAAAACAUGAGCAUGUCAUAAAGAAAAAAAAACUUUUGUGUUGGUUGUGCAAUAUUUUGUAGGGGGAAAAGAAAUCCGUUGUCUUUGCAUUUGGCCACAUUUUGAUACUGUGCUUUUAGUUCUGUAUCUCAGAUGCUGGUCUGUACAUUUUAUUUAUGAGAUUAAUUCCUAAAGGAGAUGAACUAUCUAUACAUACUGUAUAUUGUGGAGUUUUCUGAACAUUUCUUUGUGUUAAGUUUGUAACAAGUGUUGCCUGAAUUGUAAGAUGGAAAUGUGGGGUUGGGUCGGGGGUGGGAUGGGAUGGGGUGGGAACAGGCAAAUUUUCAGUGUAAUUUGAAGUUUGCAUUGGAUGGAAAAGACGUGAAUGAGCAAGUGCCCAGUUUAAUGUAGUUGGUAGACUAGUUACGUAGAGUGUACCUGUCAAGUCAAGGUGUGUCUGUAUUCAGCUGUGCAGUCUACCAAUCCCAUCAGUGUUAAAUCUCUUAUCUUCAAAUGUGUGUGCUUAUGGUUUCAACACAUAAACACACACACAUUAUUCACGAGUUCACUAGUGUACAUCACUGAGUUUAUGUUCAACAUUGCCUAUGGACUUUGUUAAGGAUUCACUUUAAACUGAUGAUGACCUGUUGUAGAUAUUGUAGGAUUUGGCUUUUAUUUAGCAAAGAUUUGUGCUUUGUAUUUAUACAUGUUAGAUUUAAAUGACAAAAACACUUGAAAAAAAAAACUGAGUUUGAUUUGGUGACUGAACGUUUGUAGUGGAUGGAUAGUAAGGCAUGCCAUGUAAAUUAUUUUAUAACUGUACAUGUCACGCAUCUUUUGAAUAAAUGUCAUUGUUUCAGA